UAUUACAACGCUGGUAUAGAUGAUAUCGAUGUUUGGAUCGAUCCGCCCACCUCUACCCCUCUGCUCUCGGUGGUGGGGGUGGCCCCUGCUGAUUCAGAGGUUAGGAAUUUGCAUUUGAUUGCUGUUUGUCAACCAAUGGCCAUACCGUGUGUGUCGGCUGGAGACUAUUCCCCACGCCUCCGUGUGCGCUCACAUCGACAGCCAACCUCUGAAAACACAAUUACACGCCAAAGCUGGAGGCCGGGAGUAGAUAUCAUGCAGUCACGUGCAACGAGUUUACUUGUAGCAGAUAAACAUAAGCGCCACCUCUCUUCUUCCUGCGUGUGGAGCUUUUUCUGCCCGCUGUGUGUCAUUUAGGAAGGGGGUCAGUGUCAGGGAAAUCAGGAAUGCUUCUUCCGGCCCCAAAGCGUGUGAAAAAACAGCGGAAGUCGAUGUGGUUUUUGUAGUCUGUCAACAAAGUCUCAUAUUCCUACCUGUGGUCGGUUCCCUCCUUCCUCUCUGACAUCAAGACCUCACAAGACAAAUACACUAUACACAUUCCCAUCACCUCCAAUCCUCCUGCUAGCCACUAGUACCAUUUGUUUUCUCUGGGCAAAAGGACCAACCACCAUCCCCAGACGAACCCACAACUAGUGCUCCCUCAGUGGGGGAGGGAGGGGAAGGAAGGCAGCGUAACAUUGUGCCGCUCCCCCCCAGAUAUGAAGCUGCAAGCUGUCAUGGAGAACCUGCACAGGCAGCAGAGGGCCAAGCUAAUGAUGGAGCAGCAGCAGCAGCAAGCAGCACUCCAGCACUCUCAGAUCCACACCAGUGGAGGGACGGGCAAUGAGUCCGUAAACAGCCCGGCCCCUGACAAUGAGCAAGCCCAGUUGGUGGCCCUGGCGGCCAUGCGUGCGGCUGCGGCUGGAUUACAGAGGGUGUCUGACAGCCGCAUGUCGGAGCGCAGCAGCGGCAGUGAGGAGGAAGGUGAAGAAGACGAUCAUGAAGGAGAGGAGCAAUACAAAGAUAUGAUGGCGUCUGAUGAGGAGGAGCAGAUCAAACAGAAGUGGGAUGAGGAGGACUUUGAAGGCGAGAUGGAAGAAGACUUUGAUGACGACCUAGCGGAGGAAGGUCUGCCAACAGGCCACAAUGCAGUGGUUCCUGGGAAAGGUAUCCUCCUGCUGCCUCACCGCCAGCUCCACCCUCACUCCCAGCUGCUGAAGGCCCGGCCCAGCGUUGACCAAGAGCCACGUGUAGCCAUCCUGCCUCCGAACACCACACACAGCCACCAAGGGGGCCAAGACCAUGGGGAAUGGACCUAUGAGGAGCAGUUCAGACAGUUGUAUGAACUGGAUGGAGACCCAAAAAGAAAAGAAUUUCUGGAUGACCUCUUCAGCUUCAUGCAGAAGAGAGGCACCCCGGUGAAUCGUAUUCCCAUCAUGGCCAAGCAGGUGCUGGAUCUGUACAUGCUGUACAGGUUGGUGACAGAGAAGGGCGGCCUGGUGGAGGUCAUCAACAAGAAACUGUGGAGGGAGAUCACCAAGGGACUUAACCUGCCUACCUCAAUCACCAGCGCAGCCUUCACCCUCCGCACACAGUACAUGAAGUACCUGUACCCAUAUGAAUGUGACAAGAGGGGUCUGAGCAACCCCAACGAACUCCAAGCGGCCAUUGACAGCAAUCGGCGGGAAGGCCGCCGGCAGAGCUUCGGUGGCUCCCUCUUCACCUACUCACCCAACGGGACACCAACCAUGCUGUCGUCACCAAAGCUCUCCACACCCACUAUGGGCUUGACAGUUGGCACCAAUGGGGCCUCACUCACCACCAUUCAGAAGAUCAAGAAAGAAGAGGGUGGUCAACCUCUCGUGGGGCUUGGUGUGCCUCGCUUACAAGCAGGAGCGUUGGCAGGUCACUCGGUGGCUGCUGUGCAGGCGGCGGCAGCCCAGGCGGCCAUGGCAGCUCAGGUGGCAGCUUUGGAGCAGCUGCGGGACAAACUGGAGGCCGGAGAGCCACCGGAGAAGAAGAUGGCACUGCCAGCUGAGGAACACCAUCGGCUACUGCAGAGAGCACUGCAACACAACCUGCUGGCCAUGACAGCACAGAUACCCAUGAACGUCCGCAUCAACCAACUAGAUGGUAGACAGGACUCAGCCAUGAACCUCACCACCAAUGGCACAAACAGCAUUAGCAUGUCAGUGGAGCUCAACGGAGUCAUGUACGCUGGUGUCCUUUUUGCUCAGGCAGCAGCUGGGUCAGCCCCGUCGGGUGCGUCCCUCUCCAGCAAAGCUGUGGGCAGUCGCGUCGCUCCUCAGCCGCCGCAGCAGCAGCAGAACAUACCUACCUCAACCUCCAACAACCCAGUGUCUUAACAAAGCCUCCGCCUUUCCCUUUUAUUUUUUUAAUGGUCAUGCUAAGUGAAGCCAAAAAAAACAACCUCAUUUUCUACAUAGUCUAUGCCAAAAAAAAAGAGAAAAAAGAAAAAAAAAAAGAAGAAAGCA